GAUCGUGUCUUCAAAGUUUAUAUUCACGUAAUAUCUUUAUCACCAUUUUCUUUAAACUGACUAAUUUCACAUUUAACGAAUGAGCUACUGUAAUGUAAAUUAAUAAUUUUUUCACCUUAUGGUAACACAACUACAGUAGCAUUCUAAAAAUAAUAUACUUUCUUAUUACACUGAACACAUUAAUAGAACGGAGCUUAAUAAACAGUCUUUGAUCACAUGUUUAUAUUCAUAAUUUAUUUUCUAUAAAAUACAUAAUAAUUAUCUGGAAGAAUUUUAAAUUUAAAUCGUUUAGUUUUAUAACUGCCAAAAGGUUAAGUAAAAAUAAAUUUUAAUUAUCACUAUUUAUUUCGUGGUUUUCAGAAACUAAAUCGUACCAAUUUCAAUUAUUAAUGAUUGGUUUAUGCAGCCAUAAUUAAAAAUUACUAUUAGACUAACAAAUUAAAUUACUAGUUGUAAGACACUGAAAUAGUACUUAUAGUUCUUGCAGAAAAUGAACAGUAAAUUGAAAUUAAACUGAAAGUUCGCAAACUUUCAACUUUGUUUAAUUCCUUAAUUUUGUAAGGUUAUGAUCAUAGAAAACGUUAGGUCAGUCUGUAUUUGUGGUAUUACUUUGUUUACAACAUCUUUGUUCUUUGAUUAUGGAAGUAUUAUUCACGCUAUUGCGCCGAUUUCCGCCGUGGUGCUUAUUUUUCAAACUGAUAUAAAAAAAAUAGGAAAAAGCAAUGUCUUUUAGAUGAUGGAACACUGAUAGACAGUGUCAGAAGCUUUCCACAUUCGUAUGAUAAAAAGGACCCAUACAGGGAAUUUCUAUAGAUGUCUCUGAGUAAAUCUAAAAAGUUAAUAUUGGGUUUAACUGCAGUCUCGGGUGUUGUUACAUUCUAUUACUUAAAUAACACUUGCAAGGUUCAAAAUUCGUGGACAACAAAUUAUAAUCCAUCUCCAUUUGCUAAGUGGGAUGAAAAUUGGGAUCACCGAUGUCCAAAAUAUAUGAAUCGUAUAAAAGGAAGGAGGCUUUCCGAAACUGAAGAAAAUACUCUCAAUGAACAAACAGAAAAAAAACCUACAGCUGUAAGGCAUAUAAUACUUAUCAGACAUGGGCAAUAUAAUUUGAAUGGUACUACUGAUGGAGAACGAGUUUUAACCAAAUUGGGGCGAAUGCAAGCAGAAUAUACAGGUAAAAGAUUAAAAGAAUUAGAUCUACCCUAUACACAAAUGGUAAAAUCCACAAUGACUAGAGCACAAGAGACCGGAACAAUUAUAUCAGAAUAUAUUCCAGAGAUUCCUGUGCUCCAUUGUGAUCUUUUAAGAGAAGGUGCGCCUAUACCUCCUGAACCACCUGUAGGAACUUGGAAACCUGAAAAUUAUAAGUUUUAUCAAGAUGGAUCAAGAAUUGAAGCGGCCUUUAGAAAAUAUUUUCACCGUGCAGAUUGUUCUCAAGAAAAAGAUUCUUACACUGUUUUAGUAUGUCACGCCAAUGUUAUUCGAUAUUUCGUUUGCAGGGCACUUCAAUUUCCUGCCGAAGCAUGGUUGAGACUUUCCAUAAAUCAUGCCAGUAUAACAUGGAUCAGCAUCACACCAAGUGGACGGUGUAUACUUAGAGUGUUAGGAGAUACAGGUCAUAUGCCCCCCAACGUCAUUACAAGUACAUGAUUAGAUUAUUAAGGAAGAGCAUUGAUAUUUACAUAUAUAUAAAUAUAUAUAUAUAUAUAUAUAUAUAUAUAUAUAUAUAUAUAUAUAUAUAUAUAUAUAUAUAUAUAUACAAGAGCGAGGUGAAAUGCGUUGAAAAUUUUUACUGGACAGUAUUUCAUGGGAAAACCAUAUAAUAAAUCAAGUUUUUCUUAAGAUGCACUAUUCUCUAUGGUUUUUCUUGAAAUUGUAUAACUUAGGAAAAAAAUGUAUUGUAAGAUUAUUGUGAAUAUAUAUACUUUGACAAUU